UUUAUCAAGCCUCACCACAACUUUCAAACUGUCCAGUCCUGGAGGAUAGCAGAGGAGAAACACACACACCACGCUCUUUUACAAGAGGUUCUGGAAAACCGAGAGAGAAAGAGAGAGAAAGAGAGAGAGAAGGAGAGAAAGAGAGAGAGAAGGAGAGAGAAAGAGAGAGAAGGAGAGAGAAAGAGAGAGAGAAGGAGAGAGAAAGAGAGAGAGAAGGAGAGAGAAGGAGAGAGAAAGAGAGAGAGAAGGAGAGAGAGAGUCGCGGAAACUUUAGGACUUCUCGGUUUCUACUGAACCGUCCCACACCCUUCAGAGGUCAAUGCUUUGCUUUGGGCAUUCUGCUUGUCUUACCUCCAUCUCUGAACACUGCUGCUUUUUAAAACCUUUAGCCUUUUCCUCGUUGUCUGUGUCGAGAAACACAAAAAGAACACAGACAGAAGUUAACACAACAACAACAACAACAACUAAACAGGAGUUUGUUUAAGCUGGAAUGAAUAUAUCUGAGUCUAGUUACUGUCGUGAGGCCAGUUCUCCACCAGGCCGGGACGGAGCCGGGGGGCAUCCAUGGGUCUCUUCCCCCAGCCCAGGCUCUGAUCGUGGGCUAGGACCCUUCGACCAGACCCCCCUUUAUGGAGGAUCUAGAGAUCGUGGCUCUGCUGGGGGCCGCACAGAGGCCAGGAUAGGGGCCAGAGCUGAACCAGGGACAGGGGCAGGAAGUCCUGACUCGACCCACCCAGAAGCACCUUCCCUGGGCAGCGUUGAGGGGAAAGCAGGGGGUGAGUCGAGGAUCCGUCGGCCAAUGAACGCCUUCAUGGUUUGGGCUAAAGACGAGAGGAAACGACUGGCCGUUCAGAACCCAGACCUCCACAAUGCUGUCCUCAGCAAGAUGCUGGGCCAGUCGUGGAAGGCCCUGACUACUCUGGACAAGCGUCCCUUCGUUGAGGAGGCCGAGAGACUCCGCCUCCAGCACCUGACGGACCACCCCAACUACAAGUACCGCCCCCGUCGCAAGAAACAGGCCAAAAAGCUCAAACGGGUGGAACCGGGGCUACUGCUCCACAGCCUAGCCCAGGGAGGGUCAGGGGUUCCUGGGGUAGGGGAGGGCUACGGUUAUGGACAUCCUCAUCCACACCACCACCUUCUGCCUCCACUAGGCCACUUCAGGGACCUCCACACUGGGGACACACUGAGCUACGGACUGCCCACACCGGAGAUGUCCCCUCUGGAUUUGAUGGAGGAGGGGGGUGGGGACGGAGGGGUGUUCUUUCCCCCUCACAUGCAAGAGGACGUGGAGCUACAUGGAACCUGGAGUAACUACCCCCAUCACCACCACUAUAACAGCCAUCACCAUGACACCCAUAGCCAUCCUCACAGCCACAGUCAGGGUCAGGGGCAUAGUCAGGGUCAGGGUCAGGGUCAGGGUCAUAGUCAGGGUCAGGGUCAUAGUCUGGGUCAGGGUCAGGGUCAGGGGCAAAGUCAGGGUCAGGGGCAUAGUCAGGGUCAGGGGCAAAGUCAGGGUCAUAGUCAGGGUCAUAGUCAGGGUCAUAGUCAGGGUCAUAGUCAGGGGCAAAGUCAGGGUCAUAGUCAGGGUCAUAGUCAGGGUCAUAGUCAGGGUCAGGGGCAAAGGGGUCAUAAUCACCAUCUUAACCAGAGGGGCUCCCUGCUCUGUCGUCCUCCCCAGGAGAAAGGCCUCACCCAGGUUCCCGAGCCUACGAACACUCCCAGUCCUUACUCUUACCCCCAGGGCUCCUCUAUAAGCCUUUCUGAGCCAGUCAAUCCCCUCCAGUCCACCAGUAGUUCCUCUGUGUCCUCUGGUUACUAUAGUUACCUGUACAAUAACGUUGGACCAGACACCCCCCAGGCCUCUCACCUGGGGCAGCUCUCUCCCCCUCCCGAGUCCUCCUCUUCCUUGCUGGUCCCCACCUCCAACCCUAAACCUCAGGCCCUGGACUCGGUAGAUCAGGCUGGGUCCAACCACGUAGGCCUGACGUCAGUUGAGUUCUGGACAGAAGUGGACCGCAAUGAGUUUGACCAGUACCUCAGUGCUAACCGGACUCGUAUGGAGGGGUAUGGGAGUAACCUCGUUCCCGUUUCUAAAUCCAUGGAGGGGUAUGGUAGUGUCCCCGUGUCGAAAGCUCUGGAGGGGUAUACCAACGCACCCCUCUCUAAACCACUAGGGAGGAUCUGUGAGGAGAGCCAGAGUAGUCCUCUCAUCUCUGCUCUCGCUGAUGCUAGUAGUGCUGUCUACUACGGUACCUGUAUUACUGGGUAGACACCUUCCUGACUGAUGUUAGUCAUUGGCUGUGUGCCAGAGUCUAGUAUGGUCUUAGGGCAGCCUACAAGACCUGUUGGUCAAAUACAGUAUGUUAAACAUACUGUAAUACUGGAGUGGGACUUGGUGUAAUUUGCACUAUGGAAUAGGCCACAGAAGUGCAGACACUAAAUUAAGGCAAGUACACCUAAAAAUAAAAGACAUUUUUGAAAGCAUUGGAUUGGUGUACUUGACCCUGGUCUGCAGUUGACCUUUAAGGACUUCAGGGUAGGAUUACUACAAUGCAUUAUGGUCUACCACAGACCACUGCAGACCACUAAAGACUACAACAGACCACUGCAGACCACUACAGAACACUAAAGACUACAACAGACCACUGCAGACCACUACAUAACACUAAAGACUAUAACAGACCACUACAGACCACUACAGACCACUACAGACCACUAAAGAAAACAACAGACCACUGCAGACCACUACAGAACACUAAAGACUACAACAGACCACUACAGACCACUACAGACCACUGCAGACCACUACAGAACACUAAAGACUACAACAGACCACUACAGACCACUACAGACCACUACAGAACACUAAAGACUACAACAGACCACUACAGACCACUACAGAC